AUAACCAACUACACCACAGAACCAUGUGCUUGAUGACAAGAAGAAGAUGUGAGCGCCUAUGUUUCUGUUUUCUGCCGUGGGCAGGGCAUGAGGCAGAGUCGAGGUGUCCAGAGAGGUUAUCGUCAGUGUCAGGCAGUGGUCGGACAGGUGGAGGACUCAGGUGUGGAUUGAACGAGCCGAAACGUUCAAGAAAACUCCGAAGGAAGCCACGGGUCUUGAACUCGUACCUAAACAGAGGCCGACACACGUAGAGCCCGCCUGAGCAUUGGUUCGCGGUGCUGUCCUUGACCAGAACACUCAAACACCGACCUCGGUUCCCUUUACCUUGCAAUAUCCGCUGAAUAUGCUCAUCAAUCCAUGUACAAUCCAGGCUGUCUUGUCAAGUCUUG